CGCGGGUGGGGGGAGGGGGAGUACGGGAAGAGGCUUCCGCUAUGGCGUCUGCAGCGCGGUUUUUGAGCCGAGGAGGCUGCGCGGUGAGGACGCGGCUCCUCUGGGGGGCUCCGAAGGCAAGACUCGGCUGGCGGCGCCAAGUCGCUUCGGGGCGAAGCGAGGUACUGGAACAGUCCAGAUUUUUCAGAAGAGGAGUUGCAUUCUCAGCACUGUCCUACUUGGGUUAUGAAGCAUACAUACUAAUCUCUCACUCUAGUGUGGUUCAUGCUGAUGUCAAAGUUAAUGAAGUCCUAGAUCAAGCAGACUACCUAUAUGGGAGUGGGGAAACCAAAAAGCUCUAUCAGUUGCUGGAACAAUACAAAAACAGUGAGAAUGCACAACUGUUGUGGCGCCUGGCACGAGCAUCACGGGACGUGGCUCAGCUUAGUCAAACUUCGGCAGAGAAAAAGAAACAGCUGAUCUAUGAGGCUCUUGAUUAUGCCACAAAAGCACUCGAGAAAGAGAAAUCAUGUUUCAGUGUGCACAAGUGGUAUGCAAUCUGCCUCAGUGAUGUGGGAGAUUAUGAAGGAAUAAAGAAAAAAAUCACCAAUGCUUUUGUUAUCAAAGAACACUUCCAGAAAGCGAUAGAACUGAAUCCAAAGGAUGCUACAUCACUUCAUCUUAUGGGCAUUUGGUGUUAUACGUUUGCUGACAUGCCAUGGUAUCAGAGCAAAAUAGCUGCAGCUUUAUUCUCAACGCCACCCAGCUCCACCUAUGAAGAGGCUUUACGUUACUUCCAGAAGGCUGAAGAUGUUGAGCCCAAUUUCUAUAGUAAGAACUUACUCUUCUUGGGAAAGACAUACAUGAAGUUGAACAACAGAAAAAUGGCCCUUUUCUGGUUAUCAAAGGCAAAAGAACGGCUGUCACACACAGAGGAGGAUAAGCAGGUACAUAAAGAAGCUGUGGAAUUGCUAAAUUCUCUGUGACAAGAUCAUUGAAAUUUUGUGUGUUGUUAUGAUCUACUUACUGGGCUGGGGCAACCCUGUCAGAUGGGUGAGGUACAAAUUAUUAUUAUUAUUAUUUACUAAUGAAACACAUAAAAACCUGGUGCUAUGGAAAUGGCCACAUCUUUAACUGGAGGAAAUUCUAUAAUGUUUUGACUAUUGUGUGAAAUAUAUAUUGAUUAGGACAGCAUAUAUAAAAUAUGCUGUCCUAAUCAAAAGCAGUUAUAAAAUUUUCUUAUAGGUAUGGUUAUCUUUUGCUUCUAAAUCCGUUCUUCACUUGCUGGAGCUGAACUCUCACAAGCUAGUAUCUUGGGAAAAGAACAGCCUAAUUAUCAUUAUCUUUUUCAGAGCCCCAACACCAACUUUAAAAAAUCCUAACAGAAGGAAUAAUGUUGGGCCUGUCCAUCUUUUAAGACCCAUGGACAUAUUGUGGCUUUUGAGUACCAUGGACGCGCCCCCCCCAAUCACUUCUAUCCCUCACUACCCUGGAAAGAGACAUGUUUUCAAAUGGAUAUGGGUAUCAGAUACAGUAAAAUUAACCUGAGCCUUUAAUAGCACACAGAACUGAAGGAGGAAGUGCAGAAGAAUUUCAUGCUUCUACCUUCCUCCUGCUGCUCUUUCUACUUCUCAAAGGGGGGGGGGGGAGGAAACCACCAUCAUCACUGAGGGUGUGAGAUGGACAGAGGCUUCAUGAGUGCUGGGGAAGACCUCAAGGGUGAAACUGCACCCAUGGGUGCAACACUAGGAACUCCUGGAGUGAUGUAUGUUGAGAAAUACAUGCCCAAGGCAAUUUCUAAGGGUAUUUGUUCACUCUUGGGGAGUAAGUAGGGAACCUCUUUGGGGUUAAUUUUGAUAGACUCCAGAACACUUGUUGAACCUUUUGGUGUUUGGCAGAAUGAGCUACUGCUUCCUUGUUGUCACAAGAGGAGGUCCCUUAAUCAAGAGAAUGAGAGAAGCAGGCAGAGAUAACUAACAUCAGAUCCCGCUCCAGUUGGACUUUUCUCUUCUUCUUCACGAACUUCACUUUUUAUCAGUUAUUUUAGUAUUAAAUUGUAAAACACCAUGGGUGCCUUGGCAGGAAGGCAUUGUAUCAAUGCAGUAAAUAAACUGGUUCUCUAAAAGUGCGA